AUGAUAUCGGCGGGUCGAUUGGCGACUCGAUCCUUGUUCAACGCACGCUUGCCAACCUUUGUUACUGCGGCUGCAUAUUCGUCUGCUUCAACCCCCAACCCCAAGCCACCUCAAAAGACUGACGGACCAGAAGACAAAUGGAACUACAACGUUAACCCCUUCGAUGGAACCCUCAGCGAGGACCAUUUCAAUCUCAAACCGGUAGAUGCGAAUGCUUUGGAAGGCGCGAGUAGCCCUCCAGUCGGUGUGAGGAUGCUGGUGCGCGACUUCAUCGAAGACUCGCUGUACAAUCCGCAUUAUGGGUACUUUCCUAAACAAGCCACCAUUUUCGAUACUCAAAAGACGUCAUUCGACUUCUCUUCCUUUCGAGAUUCGGUCGAAUUUCAAGAGGAAGUUGCUCGAAAAUACGCUGCUUAUGGAGCGGACAAACAUGAUGGUCCCGGUCGCCAGCUGUGGCAUACCCCUACAGAACUUUUCAAGCCUUGGUAUGGUCGGGCAGCUGCUCAGUGUUUGGUUUCCGAGUACUUGCUGAAGUACUUCCCGUACGAAGAUUUCAUAAUCUACGAAAUUGGGGCUGGGAAUGGAACCCUAGCAAUGGAUAUCCUGAAUUUCCUUCAGGAAAGGUACCCAGACGUGUACGAACGAACUCGCUACAACAUCAUCGAGAUCAGUGGGAGUCUUGUUAAGCUUCAGAGAAAAAAGCUUCAAAGUCUUCACCCGUGUGUCAAAGUGAAUCACAAAAGCAUCUUUCAAUGGAAGACUCGAGAGCCCGCUCCUUGUUUUUUCAUCGCUAUGGAAGUCAUAGACAAUUUCGCACAUGAUGUGGUACGAUAUGAUCUGCGGACAUUGAAGCCAUACCAAGGUGUUGUCACCAUCAGUAAGGAAGGUGAAUUCGACAUGCUUUACGAGCCCGUUAGUGAUCCUUUGAUAUCCACGUUCUUGAAAACGCGUUCGCACCUCAAGCACAACCCACCUAUCAACCGACUCCUCCGAGCUUCUCCAGCCCUUCGAAGCCUUUACACAAACCUGCCUUUUGCCCCUAACCUUUCCGCAGUCGAGUAUGUUCCUACUCGGCUGUUAAAUCUUUUGCAGACCCUUCGAAACCAUUUCCCCCGACAUCGACUGCUUCUCUCCGACUUCUCCGACUUACCUGACACGAUCCCGGGAAUCAAUGCUCCCGUUGUUCAAACACGUUUCCGAAAUGUGACCGUACCUUGUUCAACCUUGCUUGUAAAGCAGGGAUACUUCGAUAUAUUCUUCCCGACAAAUUUUGAACGGUUGGCCGACAUUGGCCUUCCCGUGGGCGAAAGGAAGUCGAGUGUUUUUGAGCACUCUGAGUUUCUGGAAACGUACGCUGACCUUGGGAAAACUCAAGUGCGCAGCGGAGAAAAUCCGAUGCUUGAUUUUUACAAGAACGUCAAAGUCUUGUUCUAACUCAUAUGCGGAAUUCAUGGGGAUGUUCUCGUACGCAAAAUGUACAGAUAGUAAUGGAACGCCUCCCCGAGCUCUUUAAUCUC